AAGCAGCAGGAUUCUAAAUAGUUUCACAUAAAAGAAGCACUUGCGUUGCUCCCUUUGUAUUCAGCUGACGUCUAUCUAUUGAACACAAAAGGAGUGCAGUGACUGAACACACACUAUACAUUGGAUGCACAGAGGUUUCAUAGCAGGAACUACUGCAGGCAGCUAGAGCUUGUCCAUAUCAUCACUUUUUGUCCACAAAAGAGGCAUACAGCUGUUUCUUUUUUACUUGUGCAGGAUCCUGCCCUCAUUUUCCCAGUAAUUUGAAGCAAAAUACCUUAUAUGUUUAAAAAGCCACACUUUGUGGACAGACCAUGUCUAUCACCAUACUGAAUGCAACUGCACAAGUCAUAGGUGCCUACUGGACAUGGUCUUUUGCAACACAAAUGGGGGAUAAGUGACACAACUAUCCCUCUCUCAAGCCUCUGCCACCUUAAAAAAUGCCUUUGAGACUAAGAAAGAACAUGGCCAUCUUUUUCUUCCUCCACUUCCCAGCUACCCCCAUGUCUCUGAAAUGGGACAAGUGAACUGUAUUUGAACCGAAACACAGGGGAAUUUAUUUCACAAACACGAAAAUAAGACUGCUCUGAGAUCUACUGGGUCUCAUAAGAGGAAUAAGGAUCUUUGCUCUCCACUGAGAAUGAAUGUACAAUCAAAUACAACUAGUUGUAUUUGGCAGUAACCAGCUGUAUCAAAUGUUAGACAUACUCAAAGCAGGCACACUGAAAUUAAUGGGUUUAAGUUAAGAACCCACUGAAAUUAAAGGCAAUAAUGGUGUGUGACAAAUAUUGGAUACAACCUACCGGUAAUUCUUUUUUUACUUCCAAUAAUAUACUUUCAAUAGAUGUCUUAAGUUGUACCAAAGCAGACUCAUUUAAAUUAUAAAAUCAUAAAAUGUUUCAAUAUACAACCAAACAUGAUGAACACUAUCUUCCAUUUUCUUCCAGAACUCACCAGAGGGCAUAAUGCGUAAGAUUGAUAUCUGACACCCAGCACCUCUAACCAUCAAUAUGGUCAGUUCCAUAAAUUGUGCUUGGGUUCUGCAAGGUGAUGUAUAAUCAUAUACACUUAUGUUGACUCUCCCUCAGAAUCAAAGAAACAGGCUGAAAAAGGUAAAUUGACUGCUUAUUAUGAAUAACAAUCCCUUUCCUAUAUGUCUUUAUAGUGUCAAAAUGUAAUAUAGUUAUUGGUCACAGGCGGAAUAAUUUACCCUGGUUUCUGUUACUAAGUUGAAAAAGAAUCAAUUCCUUUCCCAUUUUUUGAAAAAAACAAAAAAAACCACUGAGGCAACCCAAUGCUGCUGCAUCCCAGGGUAAAGUUUCCUGCUUGGCAUGUAGGUUUAAAUGCAGGGACUCUUAACAGCCACCACUGCAAGUGGGGAAGUAUGCGGGGAAUGAUUUCUAACUUCCCUACCCAGUUUAUUCCAGAAUGAACAGAACUUGUAAAAAUAUAGAUUUUCCUUGCAAUGUAUUUGAACCUGACAGUGCUUUGCUCCACCCAAGUCCUGUUUACUCCCACACCACGCUGAGCUAAGCCAAGGUAACACAGGGGUGGGGAACUUUUCUCAGUCCAAGGCCUGCAUUCCAUUCUGGACAAUCUUCCAAGUACAGUGGUGCCUCGCAAGACGAAAUUAAUCCAUUCCGCGAGUCUCUUAGUCUUGCGUUUUUUUCGUCUUGAGAAGCACGGCUAUUAGCGGCUUAGCGGCUAUUAACGGCUUAGCGGCUAUUAACAGCUUAGCGGCUUUAAGAAAAAGGAAACAAACUCGCAAGAACUCGCAAGACGUUUUGCGAAGCAAGCCCAUAGGGAAAUUUGUCUUGCGGAACGACUCAAAAAACGGAAAACUCUUUCGUCUAGCGAGUUUUUCGUCUUGCGAGGCAUUCGUCUUGCGGGGCACCACUGUAAUAACAAAAACAAUACCAGUGGCAGGCAGUGAGACCGGAGGCAAAAGCAGGCAGAGCACUUAGUGUAAAUUUUAUCUUUGCACAGUAGGCCAAUUUCAACACACACAACCCCCUCUGUCCUCCAUCCAGCAAGAAAAUACAUUACAGUGGUACCUCGGUUCUUGAACUUAAUCCAUUGCAGGAGUCCAUUUAACUCCUGAAACCGUUCGCAAACCAAGGCGCGGCUUCCGAUCGGCUGCAGCAGCUUUCUGCACUCAAGCAGAAGCCGCGUCAGAUGUUCGGCUUCCGAAAAACAUUCGCAAACCAGAACACUUACUUCUGGGUUUGCGGUGUUCGGGAGCCGAUUUGUUUGGGAGCCAAGCCGUUCGAGUAACAAGGUACCACUCUAUCAGAGUUCAAGGUCAUAUUUUAAAAGAUGUUUUUCUAGCCCUGGCAGGUGGGAGGGAAGGUAAGGGGUAGGUGUUGGUGCAAAUGAAGCAGAAACAAGUAGCCAAGAGACGGUUUGCCACAUGUUGACUGAGGGGAUGGGCUUGGGGUCUAGCAGUAGGCCAUAGAUUUAAGGUUCAUAUUACCACUGGGAACUGUGGGCCUUUUUUCCAGCAUGCAAUGUUGAACUGUCUCUGCUACACUGGCUUCUCUUUAGCCAUCUGUGUGGCUAGUAGCAAAGUCCAGCCUGCCCUGCAGGAGUGGCUCCUCUCAAACUGGAAUUAAUACUGGCUUUGUUUUCAUUGCAGGAGGCCCAUAUGCUAUUUUAGGGCAACUUCCAGCACUCUCUGUGGGAGCUGUACUCAGCAGUCCUAGGGCAGCAUGUUUCCUUUAGGAACAAAAGGAAAUAAUGUUCCUGGGUCAGAGGACGUGGUUUUUGAGAGGAUGGGCGGAGGGGGGAAGCACAUUUCAUGGAACAAGGCUGGUUUAAGCUGCAAAGUGUUGUGGAACAGAUUGCAUGGGAUAGCAAAUUCCAGAGGGAAUCCAACUUCCCUUACACACACACACACACACACACACACGUACGUGUGUCAUUUAAAGAAAAAUCAGUUUGGGUUCUUGGACAUUUUCACGUCUAAAUGGAUAAAUAAAAAAUGAGCCUUGCACUGCUGCAGAGACAAGUGUGAGGGCCUGCUCCUGUGAUUCCCCAUUGCUAACACUAUGAGCACCCCAAGGAUGCAACUUGGCAAAUGGCAUGCUAGAAAUGCUGGCACGAGGUGUGUGUUUACUCCAUCAAGAAUCCCGUUCUGUUACACAACCUUCAGAGCAGGGGGUGGAAAAUCAGCUAUGUUUCUUUUAAACACAUGUUUUCUUUGCCAAAAGCAAUUACAUAUUCAAAGUGAAGGCAGCUAGAAUUUUAACAUGGCAGGCAGUCUUUUUCUUGUGAAAACCUAUUGAAUUUAUUCCAAGUUUGCUUUUAAAACCCACUGACAUAGUCCAUGCCUACUUACAUUGAUUUCCCACGACUCCAUUAAUUUUUAACUAAGUUUAAUGCGAGCAAAUGAAAGACUGACAACAUCACGGCAGGUUUUGAAUUUUGAUGACUGGUGGCAUAUCCUGAAAUCCAAGCGAAGUUCAGGGCCCCACCAUGGUAAAUACUUGCUUUCUGCCUGCUACCCCUGCCUUCAGUCAGACCCUCCCACCUAAGCCAGUCUAAAGUAAAUGCUUAAAGAAGCCUGGUCACAAUGUGUGUCAAGCCUGUAAAUCACCAUUCAACUAUAGUGACUCAGAAUCACCUGCAGCCAACCAGACAUUUUUAAUAUAUAAAUGGGAAGAGAGUAUGCCCUUUAUAUUCUUUCAGCCUAUCAAUUGCCACUAACAAAGGCAUAAAGGGGAGGGUACAAGCAAAUAGUAAAAGUAUGUGUAAGCUAAUUUGCACAUUUGAGAUAUAUGCCUUUUAGUACAGUGGUACCUCGGGUUACAUACGCUUCAGGUUACAGACUCCGCUAACCCAGAAAUAUUACCUCGGGUUAAGAACUUUGCUUCAGGAUGAGAACAGAAAUCGUGCAGCGGCACAGCGGCGGCAGGAGGCCCCAUUAGCUAAAGUGGUGCUUCAGGUUAAGAACAGUUUCAGGUUAAGAACGGACCUCCGGAACGAAUUAAGUACUUAACCCAAGGUGCCACUGCAUUUGGAAUCUCCACACUUUCUUCCAUUGCCACAAGAGGCUGAAUCCACAGAGGUAAGGAACUGAGAAUGGCAUAAAAUGGGAAGACUACAGAAGUGAACCUAAAAAGAUGAGGACCUGAGAAUGAGAGAUGAACUCCUUUAGUUGGCCCACCCACUAACACUUGGGACAAAACCUCCAGGUCAGCAAGGUGCACACAUUCCCAGUCUAGGAAAAUGUGCUCUCCAUGUAUCCACAUUUCAACCUGGGGAAUGGUCCAAGUUAGGUCUAGACCAGUUGCAAUCCUAUGCAUAUUUACACAAGAGCAGGUUCCUCUGAAAUAAGUUGGGGCGUACUUUGUAGAAAAAGAUUGUAGCUUAAUAACUAAUCAGUUAGGCUUGCUUCAACCCAGUAAACGUGAUAGGUUCAGGCCACAGCUAACUCUGCAUGGCACCAAGGCUACACGACUAGCUCUCCUAAACUCAUAGAGGAAGCCUGUGCCACCCAAAGCAAGAUGGUGUCUAACCUUUAAAAAUAAAUAAAACAGUGUUAUUCUUUCACAACCUCUUUCACAAAGAGAUGUAUGUUUUGGUCCGGAAAUUAACAUGCUCUCCAGACAUCUCUCACCUUAGAACCCUUGCUGCAAUGCAAGACCCAGAAUCUGAUUCAUUACAGUAUUUCACUCCAAACUCAGGUAAACUUGACUUUCUUAUGGCCUGCAUUGUUUAAAAAAUGGACUUUGCUCCUUUAAGGCUCGGUUCCAGCCCUUGACAGUCAAUGCCAGGAAAUUCCACUGCAGCCUGCAGCUUUUUGCCUUUGUUUGUUCUAAGAUCCUAGAUACAGUUGCCCAGAACUGCCUACAGGUCCAACUGCCCUUUGCAGUCCUCUCUUCUUUUUUCAUUUUUCCCUCACAGUUGCCUGAGCCACACCAUUUGCCCCUUUCCCUGCUAGGCCACAACCCUCUCCUUUCCUCCAUCAUGGCCUGCACACACAUAGAAACACGCAGAUAAACACAUACCCUCCUCAGUCAACUGAGAAUCGAAACAAAUGAUACACCCGCAAGAAGCAUAUGCCCUGCCCCACCCCAGACCGUGCAAGAUUGUACAAUCCAUUAGAUAAUUAAGAGGUGCAGCUUCCUGGAUGCCCUAGCCAGCCUGGCACUGUGGUGUAAUGCAGCACUGCAAGAAAAAGCUCCUUUUACUAUAAUGUCUUCCCAUUAUUGAGGAGGGAGGGUGUUUCCACAAGAAUGAAAGGAAACAGCAUUAGCUGCUUCUGGAGCCCAAAGGGGACUCUCAAAGGCCUGUAUCAGGGGAGGUCACUCUCCAGAUACUGUUGGAUUACAAUGUCCAUCAUUCUCAGGCAUCAGUUGGGGCUGAUGGAAGUUGGGAGCCCAACAUCUGAAGGACUGCAGGUUCCUCAACUUUGCUCUAUACCAUUCACAUUUACAGUUCUUUAGAAAAUGUAGUGAAAUAUAGUUCCCAGAAAUAUCAUGGGAGGAAGUGAACAAGUGCUUUAUCAUUGCCUGCUUCCGCUGCUACAUGUGUAGGGGUAACCUGCAUCACGCCUCAGAAAAGAUGCAUAUGAACUAUUUCUGCAUUUGUCUCACCACAGAGAAAGAUGUCCAAGUACCUUCUUCCCAUGUUAUGGUGGUAAAAUGGCUCACUCAUGCUUCCUCAUCAUGUGCAUAACUGCCUUCAGAAGUCAAGAGUAGUCAGACAGGUGCAGAGUUAAAACAGGCAGAUCGCAUGGAGCCCCUGCAAAGUUUUCUUGCAUGUUCAAUACUGAACUUAUAUUGCUGGUGAUGGGUUCUGAAACAAAACUUUUGCCCCUGAGAAACGCUUCAAGAUAAAGGGCCUUAUGCAAUCCCUACUGUAAUCCAGUAAAUAACCCUGAAUAGUAAAAUGUAUUUGAUUUUUUUUAAUCUGACAUUUCAUGUACAUUUUAAUUUUUUUUUUAAAAAAAAGUUAGACAGCAAAUGAAAUGAUGCAUUAAACAGAUUUAAAAGUAGCAUAGAGAGCCAUCUCUCUGGAAUACAUAUUCAUUUCUUUUCUGCCCUGCUAUGUACUCUACUCCAACUGGUUUUUGCCAAAUGUGCAUAUAUAUAUGGUGGGCAAUGAUGGGUGAAGUCUCUGAAAUCUCUCACAUGUACUCAAUGUUAUUCCACCCAAGCAAAAUCAUUUCCAGCUGACUGUUUGCCCCAACCUUGUUGACCUAAGUAAGGCUUGGAUUCCCAAUGGCUGAGCCCUUAAUCCAGGCACUGGAUGAACCAAAAACCCCACAGCACAGGAAAUGAACUCUUUGAAGGUGUGCCUACACAGUUAAGCCUAAAGUCCAGAUAGCAAAAACUUCCCUCUGAAGCCAUAUACUUUUAGACGGUUUUCCACAUUUUCUUCACUAUUAUCACAGCUAUCCAGAAGGAGGAAGGGUCCAGAUUAGACAGAUUGAAACUGACUGUGUUGCAGAAUCCUGCUGUACAGAAGUUCAUUCUUUUCAUAUGCUUUUCCUUAAUUAUUGUGAUGGCCAGGAUGUAGGCAGAAAGUUUUAUUUUAAACAGAAAGAAAACAUUUAAGUGUAUAUAAGCCAACUGUAUCCUUUAGGUUUCAUGCUAAAGAAACAUCAAGAUACUAGUCUGAAUUUUUAGUCAGAACUGUUUGGGUUCCUUAGUUGGCAUUUCCAGCUUGCCCUUUUAAUCUUGUGGCUUGUUCUGUUUUUGUUACACUGCAUUUAUAAAUAGUUGUCACACUUUCUGCACUCCACACCCUUGGAUUCUCAUGAUGAAGGGGUGGUUAAGAAAAAUGUUAUGAAAUAAACGGGAAAAAAUGCGGUCUUGAGAGAGGAAUUUGAGCCACCCAUGCGUUUCAAAGCAAGAGGAACUCUACCCUCUGCUAUCUCCCCCUCACACACCAAGCUCGAGCUCACUCCCUCGGAGAUCAAAACAACAUUCACCUUCGUGGGCCUCGUACCUUCUUCUCCCCGCGCCGCCCUUUGCAAGCCUGACCCCAACCGAGGGGCCCCUUUCGGCGCUCCUGCACCGCCCACCCUCCUCCUCCUCGAAGCAAAAGGCAUCUUGGCUUCCCAAGACCUGCGCAAAGAGGAAGAGAAGUCUCCCAUCCCUCGCACUCUCACCAAAGCCGCUUUCACUAACUUUGCGGGCCUCGCGCGCCCACAUUUGCUCCCCUCCUCCUCGCUCAACUCCAGAAAGAUUCAAACCUGCCCAAACAACCUUGCAAAAGCAAGCCCGCUUUCCUUGCUCCCGGCUUCAAGGCCACAGCGCGAGGGUUGCCUUUGUUGCAGCUCCAGGUGGAUGGAUUUCCGCCGCCGCCCGCCUCCCCUCCCCUCUUUCUGGCCACUUGCUUGCUUUCCUUCCCUUACACGCAAGCAACCUCGUGCGCGCACGAUCCAACAAACCCCCGGGCCCCAGAGCCGGCGCAGACCUUUUUCCUCGCGAUGACGGUGGUCUUCUCUGUUCUCGGCGAGAAUCCGUUUCCAGACAGCGCGGCGAGCGAGAAUGCAAAGCAAGCCGCUACUACUCCGCAGACCCCUCCCAGUUCUCGGCCCCUGCGGCUAAUGGAAUAUUUUUAACUGUUUGAAUAAACUCUGAUCUUUCUCUGCGACGAGUCUGGGACGCCUAGCGGGAGAAGGCGAUCAUUGCCCUUCAGUUAGGCGGGGCAGAGAAAGUUUGAA